UCAGUAGAUCUGAGAAUUCCGUAGCGCGCGUACUUACCUCCGGAUCCCCUCGCGAUCUCCGCAUUCCGAUUUAUAACCGCCUCACGAAGCGCAAGCGAGCGGCGAGAGAGAGAGAGAGACGCACGCGCGAUUCAUCUAUGCACAAUUAACUCUCUCUCUCUCUUUCUCUUUGCCCCUUUAUCCCAUCUUCUCCCCGUUUUCUCCUCCCCCCCCCUCUCUCUCUCCCAUCGUCCGUCGAUCGUUCUAUUUAUCUUGGACGCUCCGUCUCUCUCUCUCUUGCUCUUUCUCCUUCUCGCCUCCCUCUCCUUCCCACCCUUCCAUCGCUCCGCGUCGCCUUCUCGCGAUCUCGCGCGUUCACCAGUUGCGGGAUCGUUUUCUAAAAACGUAAUAGUCAACUGUGCGCCUUCCAAGAGAAGAGGAGACAAUCGGAGUCGACGAAAGCGAGAAGCUCAAGGAAAAAGGGAGACCCUCGGCGACUGGAAAGAGCCAGAGGCCAGUUUCACAUCGCUGGAGAGAAGAGGAGAAAUCAAAAAAAAUCCGGACGACUUUACGACUCUCUCGGAGGAGCGCGCGAUCCCUCUCCGCUUCCUCCUUUCUUCCCCCUCUCUUCCUUCCACUCACCGCACCACCAUCCCUUCCACUCGCUGCGCCGUCAUCCCUUCCACUCGCCACGCCGCCUCCCUCCCGCUUGCCGCGUCGCCUCCCCUCCCGCGCCUCGCGUUCCGGCUCUCUUCUUCGAACGCUCUUUCGUCAGUACGUCUCCGCCCGUCCGUGCCCGUGUGUUCUCCCGAAGAGAGAACGAUUCCGUCCGUUCGACACCGCGCCGCGCGCACCGUCGUGUGGCCCGCUCGCGCUCUCUCUCUCUCUUUCUCUCUCUCCCUUUCUCUUUCUCUUCGUUGUGAUUAAAGCGUGCCCGCGCGCGCCCAACACGCGCCAACAUUCGCCAUUGAAGCAACCGAGUACAAUUUGCGAUGUGUGAUAAUACUAACACGACGACGCAGAGUAUAGCGGACUACCUGUCACAGUUGUUGAAGGACCGGAAGCAGCUCGCUGCCUUCCCGAAUGUCUUCAUACACGUGGAGCGUCUGCUGGACGAGGAGAUCGCGAAGGUGCGGGCGAGUCUUUUUCAAAUCAGCGGAGUGAAGAAGGAGCCGCUCAUCUUGCCGGAACCCGAGGGCGACAUCACGACACUCACAGAAAAGGUUUAUGUCCCCGUCAAGGAACACCCAGACUUCAACUUUGUUGGGAGGAUUUUGGGGCCACGAGGCAUGACCGCAAAACAAUUGGAGCAGGAGACAGGAUGUAAAAUCAUGGUUCGCGGGAAAGGGUCGAUGAGGGACAAAAAGAAGGAGGAGCAAAAUCGGGGCAAGCCAAAUUGGGAACACCUGACGGACGAGUUGCACGUGCUACUCACUGUCGAGGACACCGAGAAUCGUGCCACCUUGAAGCUCGCUCGUGCCGUCGAGGAAGUCAAGAAGCUUCUCGUGCCCGUGCAGGCUGACGGCGAGGAUGAGCUAAAGAAGAGGCAGCUAAUGGAACUCGCCAUUAUCAAUGGGACUUACCGGGAUUCGAAUACAAAGGUUGCCGCCGCAGCAGCCUGCGACGAGGAAUGGCGGCGAGUGGCCGCCGCCGCGGCCGAGACGCAGCGCCUGCUGCCGGGCCUGGCGACGCCGAUGCGGACGCCGAGCGCUCCUCUGGGCGCGCCGUUGAUCCUCUCGCCGCGGAUAUCCGUGCCGACGACUGCCGCGUCCCUGCUGAACGGCUCCGGGCCGCCCGGCUCGCUCCUGUCGGCCGGCGAUCCCCACGGGCUCAUCUACACGCCAUACGCGGACUACGCCAACUAUGCCGCCCUGGCGUCGCCGUUACUCACCGAAUACGCCACUGCUGAUCAUUCUGGCGCAGCGGCGGCCGCUGCCAAGCAGCGUAGACACCUGGGUCAGAUCCGCGAGCACCCUUAUCAAAGGGCCGGCGCUCUCUCGUGAACACGCAGAGACAGCGCGAGUAUACAAAGAGAGAGAGAAAGUGAGAGAGAGCGAGCGAGAAAGAGAGAGAAAGAGAGAGAGAGAAAAAGCACUGUUCUCGCACCAACGCGGAAAGGCUUGGAGUGCUAACAAUGGAUAUCCACUCGCCCCGUGCUAACACCUGGACUCUGGAACAGCAUCCCGCGUUCGAUCGGUUCACCAACCAGCCGACCACCUUCGCCGUCCGUCCGCGUCACCAGCCCUGUUCGUCAAGCUUAUCCAUCAUCCUGUAUCCUCUUAAUGUUCAGAAAUGUAGUUUCUCUUUCGGCGAUUGGAAUCGUCGAUUGGAUUCCGAGCCAUUUCUCGUCAUCGUCGACGAACGCACGAUAUGCAGGGUGUAUCUUAAAAAUCUCCCACUAAGCAAAUAACGUUAUUCCUGAUUAAAAACCGAGUCGAAAAGUCCUGAAGCAUUUCUUUCCAUUUUAUAAUGCUUAAUAAUGCGGUAAUUAAUGAGUAAAGUCGCGCCAAUAAACAGACAAACUUCCUCGUUGUCAACGUAUGAAGCAAAAAAAUAAACUGUUUUGCGUUAAUUUUUAAACAAUUCAUCUCUUCAGAAAUCUUUUUAAUACUUAAAUCUUAAUUAUUUAAUGAAUCUUGGGAAAAAAAAAUGAUUCAGGACUCUUCGACUCGGUUUUUAAUCAGGAAUAACGCUAUUUACUUGGUGGGAGCUUUUUAAGAUACACCCUGUGUAAUAUAUAUAAUAUAUUCAUAUAAUAUAUAAUUCAUUUUGCAAAACAUUAGCGUUAUAAAGUGCACUUGCAUAAUAUAUUAGAUAUUCAAAUAUGUACAAUUGACAUAUUAUUUUUGGGCGAGUAAACGCGGGACUCGUUUAUUCCGGACACGAGUCAAGUACGCGCAAUUUCGGUGCAACAGUAGUAAUUAGCGGUAGUUUUUAUUACAAAGACAAUAUAUUUUGCCAGAUAUUUUAAUUUUUCCCUUCGAGGGAAGGGAAAUUAUAUUAUCGUAGCGUACGAUAUCUGGAGUAUUUUAUUUUCUCUCUCUUCUCGUGACGGCGAAAUGAAAUAUUUUCGCGCUUUCCCUAGUACUUACGACUCCUACGCUGGCAUACUUCGUCAUCGGAGAUGUGACAAUAUUAAUACAACUUAAACACGAUGAGAUAUAACACACCCGCGCGUUUUUUUUAGAAUUAAUCGCUAAGAAGGUGUUGCGCGGAAAAAAAGAAAACGCGUGAAUCAGCUCUAAAUGGAUUGGAAACUCCGCUGAAGAAAAUUGCAAAUGAUAUUCUGUGUCUUCCUCUUUUCUCGUGUGACGCAUCAUGUCAAAAAAAAAAACUCGAAAUUCUGUACAACUCUCUUAUAUAAAUGUGCCUUAUAUAUAUAUAAUAUUAACGUAGUGCGAUCAAGUAGAGUCAUGUUACUGAUUUUUUUUUAAAGCUUUGUUAAUAUCGUACGUUUAUUACGUAAUUUACGUAAUAGCAUUAGAAAUGUGCAAUCAAAAUUUACUUUCUCAAUACAUAUACAAAGGGAAAGAGAAUGAUAGGAUAAAGUUAGCCACAAAUAAAGUUUAAAGGUGAAUUUUUUUCUAUGAAUCUUUUUCGUGACAAACUGCGAAAAGGAUCCAUUAAGAUACCUGCAUCUAGAAUCGCGAAUAUCCCGAAGAGAAGGCUUUAAAGAUCCGUCAUCGGAUGCGGAUGUACGAGAGCUACAUGUAUAUAUUGUUUCAGCCAAAAGUAUUAAAGAAUCUAAUUUCUGCUAAUCGCGGAAAAUAUUUUAAAACGUCAAUUGUGCAAUACUUUGAUGACCAUAAGAACAAGACGUCCUCUUCGGGACGUUUUUCGAGUGUUGCCAAAAUUUUUAUGGAAUAAAAAUUACAAAUGUUUGAAGAAAAUGUUGCGAGAAUUUCUGAUUUUCGAAUCGCAGAAUCAUUGAAUACGAAUGUAUUUGCAUAUAUAUGUACACAUAUAUAUUUAUAUACAUAUAUAUAUAUGUGUAUAUAUGUACAGUGGGCGCCAAUAAUGCCUCAACAUAUGAAAUUUGUCGCAUUCGAGAUUAAUAAUCACUAGAUAUUGAUACUAUCGACGAAACAAAAACAAAUGAGAUAUCGAUUUGUCGUUACGUUGCAAAAUUAUUUACAAGAUAUUAUAAUCAUACGAAUAAACAAAUAUGUAUGUAAUCUCCACAGGUGCAAGAGUGUUUGCGUGAGAGAGUGAUUUACUUAAUAUCGACUUUAUCGUUGUGUAUUAGUUGCACCAUUUUUAGGUCUGCCAUAUUGUACAUGUAACGACUAAGAACGAUUUCUCAACAGAGUUGCACGCGUUUAUAAAUCCUAUGUAUAGUCAUCCAUGUGUCAAAUGUUAUACUCGUUCUUUCUCGACAGAUAUUUUUGAAUUUUUAUCCGAAGAGUCCCUUUUAGAUACCAAUAACUUGGUCCUCUGUGUAUAUAUAUAUAAAUGCUGAAAAAGCAUACAUACACACAUACAGCUACACAUUAAGAGUGAUCUGAAAUCUACUUAAGUU